CAAGGUAGACCGUAGAUGCUCACGCUUAAGCUCCGAGCUUGGGGAUGCGCGAAAAAGGCGCCAUCCCGAUACAAGAUCACCAAAUCCCCGCGCCAAAAAGGCCCCUACCCGGUAGUCCAAGUAAACUAUCUCGUCUGUUUGUCCGAGGCCUCCGUUUCUCUUUCUCCCAAGACAUGCCAUUGCUCAUUCGGAUAUCGUAGGUUCAGGUGAGCGAGCGGGCGCUUGGUGUAGUACGUGUAAGGCCGACUCUGGCCGACAACCAUUCCCGAUUGCCCAAUCGCCGAUCUUCAGACCGAUAAACCCAAUAGUCCAGCAGUUUUGUGAUAAUAGGCCACCAUGAUCACGUCCGCCCCGAAGUCAAGAUGAUCUCGAGAAGCUUGACGCGGACUAGACCUCCGUGUCCCGUUUACCUCGGACCUAGCCGAUCAGCCUUUGGCUGCCAUUCCAUACACCCUCCCCAAAUAACACCUCUCCUACUCUCAGGCUCGAUACGACGAGUUCUUACGACUUCCCAAGUAUCCCUUCGACGACCACAGGCGUGCCAUACCGAGCGCCCAAAACUAAACAAUGUCACGUGGAAUACCGCCUUUGGCUCCUCUGCCAGAGCCAGGCAGGAGGAAAGGAAGGCCGCAAAGCCCGCAAAUGCCCAAAAAGAUCCUUUGGCCGUCGAUGAUAAAAGUGUCCAGGAGCAGCGCAAGGCGGAUUGGGCAAUCAUGAAGCAAAUGGCCUACUACUUGUGGCCGUCAGGCCCAGGUACCAUGGACACCAAGGUGCGCGUUUCUAUAGCCGUAGCUCUGCUUGUGGGAGCCAAGGUUUUGAACGUACAAGUGCCGUUCUAUUUCAAGAGUAUUGUCGACGCCAUGAAUAUUGAUCUUGGCGCGACUGGCGGCACCGCUGCUACGAUCGCUGGAAGUAUGAUACUUGCAUACGGCGCGACAAGAAUAGGCGCGACCGUGUUCCAAGAACUGCGCAAUGCUGUAUUCGCUUCAGUGGCCCAGAAGGCCAUCCGUAAAGUCGCAUGUGAUGUAUUUCACCAUUUGCUCCGCCUCGACCUAAAUUUCCACCUGACAAAGCAGACUGGUGGUCUCACCAGAGCCAUUGAUCGUGGUACCAAGGGAAUCAGCUUUCUGCUGACUAGCAUGGUAUUUCAUAUCGUUCCUACCGCACUAGAGAUUGGCAUGGUAUGUGGUAUCUUAACUUGGCAAUAUGGUGCUAGCUUCGCAUUCAUCACGCUCGCGACAAUGUCAGCAUACACGGCUUUCACCAUCUGGACAACAGCUUGGAGAACCAAAUUCCGUCGUCAAACUAAUGCGGCAGACAACAAAGCUUCUACUGUGGCGGUUGAUUCCCUGAUCAAUUACGAAGCCGUAAAAUACUUUAACAACGAGAAAUUUGAAGUUGCGCGCUACGACAAAGCUCUGCGCGACUACGAGAAGAGUUCAAUCAAAGUCGCCACGUCUCUAGCUGUUUUAAAUAGCGGUCAGAACAUCAUAUUCUCUAGCGCAUUGACUGCCAUGAUGUACCUGGCAGCAAACGGAGUGGCCAGUGGGUCGUUGACGGUGGGCGACUUGGUCAUGGUAAACCAGCUAGUAUUCCAGCUCUCUGUUCCCCUCAAUUUCCUCGGGACGGUUUACCGCGAGCUUAGGCAAUCCUUGCUGGAUAUGGAGACUCUAUUCAACCUACAAAAGGUGAAUGUCACUAUCAAAGAAGCCCCGGACGCAAAACCCCUGUCGUUGUCAGAAGGUGGUCAGAUCAGAUUCGAAAAUGUCACUUUUGGAUACCUCAAAGAACGCCCGAUUUUGCGGGAUUUGACAAUGACAAUCCCAGCGGGCAAGAAAGUUGCUAUUGUUGGACCAAGUGGAUGCGGAAAAUCUACCAUUUUGCGUCUUCUAUUCCGCUACUACGAUGUAGAAUCAGGCAGAAUUUUGAUCGACGAUCAAGAUGUUCGUAAUGUCUCACUUGAUUCUCUUCGGGAAUCUAUCGGUGUGGUCCCUCAAGACACCCCUCUGUUCAACGACACAGUUGGACACAAUAUUCGAUAUGGUAAGAUGUCAGCACCGGAAUCACAGGUUGUUGCAGCGGCACAGCGCGCUCGGAUACACGAUAUCAUCUCAAGUUGGCCUCAAGGGUAUGACACUAAAGUUGGUGAAAGAGGCAUGAUGAUUAGCGGAGGAGAGAAGCAACGACUGGCUGUCUCCCGGCUGUUACUCAAAGACCCUCCACUUUUAUUUUUUGAUGAAGCUACCAGUGCGCUCGACACACACACUGAGCAGGCUCUCAUGCAGAAUAUCAACAGUAUUUUGCGAGAAAAGUCUAGAACUAGUGUGUUUGUUGCUCAUCGUCUACGGACUAUCUAUGACGCCGAUCUUAUCAUUGUAUUAAAGGAAGGCACAGUCGCGGAGCAAGGGACACACAAAGAACUCAUUGAUCGGGGAGGUCUGUACUCGGAAUUAUGGAGCGCGCAAGAAACAUUGUUCUCCGACGACGGAGCAGAAAAAGAGAGGGCAACUAGGGAAGAUCAAAAGGUCGCGCAGGCUCCAUCCCAACAAAAGCCUACUUAAUCUUAGGUGGUCAUUAUGUAUCUUACCUAGGUGGAUGCGUUCAGUCCCUAGGCGAAAGUCUUAGGGAGAAGCUGAGGAAUCAGUGCUUUGAAUCUGAUAGGAUUUCAACUGACCUCGCCGAUAUAAAUUUUUGUUUGUACAAUUUACUAUGCUGUACGGGCCUCACUAGGGAUGGCGAGGUUCCCGAGAGCCUCAGGCACAAUGAAAACUGCAUUACUGAGCUCAUUAGACAUAUAAUCUGCCAAGGCCAGUCCCCAACAACACUCUAUUGCCAUAGUUUGACCAAGAAAACUUAAUCUGGAUGUUGUACAGCAAGGGCUGGAAAUAGGAUUUGGAAUUGGAGAUUUUUACAAUACCAUAAACUGCUAAGGCUGCUUGCUAUGGUCAUAAAAUCCCUUCAUGGCCCUAGUACUGAAAUGGACACAGCAUCAACUGGCUCGACCUUGCCUACAGCCUCUGC